UUAAAGUUAAUUUUUAACUUACUAUGUGUCUUAAUUGCCGUUUGGUCUCUGCACUCAGUAGAAAUACCCUAAAACCUCUGCAGACCAGUUUGUGGCAGAGCUGCUGCCAUGGUACCUGAGAAGUGGGCUUUGGCAGUUCUGCUGCUGCAACUCUGUAGUGCUGGCUGUGGAUUCUGUGGGAAGGUCCUCGUGUGGCCCUGUGACAUGAGCCAUUGGCUUAAUAUAAAGGUCAUUCUGGAGGAACUUACAGAGAAAGGACAUGAGGUAACAGUGCUGACUUUUCCACAUACUAAGCUCAUUGAUUACAGGAAACCCUCCCCUCUGAACUUCGAGGUAUUGCCUUCAGAAGUUCAGAAAGAAUCAGUGGAUAAUGUACAUGACAAGUUUCUGGACCUAAUUCUUAAUGUCUUGCCAAACUUAGAACCUUGGCAAUCAACGAUAAAAUUGAACAAUUUUCUUAUUGAAACAACUGAAAUUUUAAAAAUCAUGUGUGAGGGUGCAGUGUAUAAUCAGACAUUCAUGAAGAAGCUCCAGGAGACCAACUACGACGUAAUGCUUAUAGACCCUGUGCUGCCCUGUGGAGAGCUGAUUGCCGAAUUACUCAAAGUCCCUUUUGUGCUCACGUUAAGAAUAUCUACAAGAGGCAUGAAGGAGAAACACUGUGGGAAACUGCCAGCUCCACCUUCCUAUGUUCCUGUUCAGAUGGUGGCACUAACAGAUCAGAUAAUGACCUUCCUGGAAAGAGUGAAAAACACAAUGCUUUCAGUUUUCUUUGACUUCUGGAUCCGGGAUUAUGACAUUCAUUUUUGGGACCAGUUUUAUAGCAAGGCUUAGGGAAGACCCACUACAUUAUGUGAGACUUUGGGGAAAGCUGAAAUUUGGCUAAUUCAAACAUACUGGGAUUUUGAAUUUCCUCAUCCAUACCUACCUAAUUUUGAAUUUGUUGGAGGAUUGCAUUGCAAACCUACCAAACCAUUACCUAAGGAAAUAGAAAAAUUUGUUCAGGACUCAGGUGAAGAUGGUAUUGUGGUGUUUUCUUUGGGUUCUAUUGUCCACUAUAUCACAGAAGAAAAGGCCAAUCUUAUUGCCUCAGCCCUUGCCCAGAUUCCACAAAAGGUUUUAUGGAGACACAGUGGAAAGAAACCAGCUACAUUAGGAGCCAAUACUCAGCUCUAUGACUAGAUACCCCAGAAUGAUCUUCUUGGUCAUCCCCAAACCAAAGCUUUUAUCACUCAUGGUGGAAUGAAUGGGAUCUAUGAAGCCAUUUAUCAUGGGGUCCCUAUGGUGGGAAUCCCAAUGUUUGCUGAUCAGUAUGAUAACAUUGCUCACAUGAAGGCCAAAGGAGCGGCUGUGGAAGUGAACAUAAACACAAUGACAAGUGCAGAUUUGCUCAAUGUCUUGAGAACAGUCAUUAACAAUCCUUCUUAUAAAAAGAAUGUGAUGAGGUUAUCAAAGAUUCACCAUGAUCAACCUGUAAAACCCCUGGAUCGAGCGGUCUUCUGGAUCAAGUGUGUCGUGCAUCACAAAGGAGCCAAACACCUGCGGCCAGCCUCCCAUGACCUCACCUGGUUCCAGUACCACUCUUUGGACGUGAUUGGGUUCCUGCUGGCCUGUGCAGUAUCUGCUAUAUUCUUGAUCAUCAAAUGUUGUUUAUUUUUUUGUCUAAAAUUUGGUAAAACAGAAAAGAAGAAUAAAAGAGGAUAAAUCUUUUCAACUUUGGCAAAGGUCUGAGUGAAAACUCCUGUUUAUCCCUGUACCUCCUUCCUGUUUCCUGUUUUCGAAUUUCCCAUUCCCCUUUUUUAGCUGGAAAAAAAAAAGCCUAGAAUUUCACAAGAGCAUUAACUGGUGAGCAUGUCCCAUUCUUCCUUUUUCCAGUCCCAGUUUGUAGUUAUCCUCUUCCUGUUUGCCUACUUUCUGACACAGGGACAUUAAUAACUCUAAAUGUCCUAUUCAUGAUAUCACUAUUUUAAUUUUAUAACCUUAAGUGAUGUGGUGAUUGCUGGAAAGAACAAAAUAUAAGCUGAAUUUCAUGGAUAUGACAAGCUUAGAAUAAUACAGUUCACAAGUUGCAACAGAUUAUAGAAUCAAGGCAGUAGCCUCAAAAAUUGGCUUGCUAUAAAACUAUGUUUUUCUUUUUAAAUAAAAAUAAGCCUCUCCACUUGCCCAGUGUUAUUAGGAUUAGGUCAAAACUGAGAAUAAUAGUAGUGGGACAUUCUGCCUUGGAAUGUUUAAAAAGUUUCCAUAAAGCUCAGCAUUAGUCUGCUCAGGCGCCAUAACAAGAUACUGAAGAGUCAGUGGCAUAAGCAACAGAAAUUUAUUAUUUCAUAAUUCAGGAGGCUACAAGUGCAAGAUCAAGAUAUCAGCAGGGUUGGUACGGCUUUCUUUCCUGACUGGCAGAAAGCUACCUUCACCCUUCCAUCUUCUCACAGCCUUUUCUCUCUAUGCCCAUGGUAAGACAAAGAUGCCUUAUGUCUCUUCCUCUUCUUAUAAUGACACAAGUCUCAUGGGAUUAGAGUCUGCUCUCAUGACCUAAUUCAAUUUUAAAAUAUUGUUAAAGACCUAUUCUCCAAACAUAGUCACAUUGGGAGUUAAAUCUUCAACAUAUAAAUCUGGGACAGGCACACAAUUCAGCCCAUAACAAACUCUACCAAACCAUUAUGCUUGUUUUUGCCUUCAAUGGACAAUUACGUCUUGUGUGCCUUUUAUAUACAAUGGAAAAUUCUGAGCAUUUUCUUAGAUAAUAAAGAUAAUUAACAGAAUGAUUGCUUUUUCAACAAGUGAAGAUGUUAGUACUGUUUUAAAAGUAAGUAGAGUAUUAGGAGAAAUAAAUUUAAAA